CGUCAAUGCGAAAUGCGAUUUCCAUCUUGAAUGUCUUAAAACGAUGCGACAAGACCCAACGUUAUAGUCAAUGGCCCUCACAAACUCUCGAACCGCCGCGAGGCUUGCUCGCCAAGCAGUACGGACCACCAGAGGUCAACCUGUAGCUCCCUCAUACCGUCCCGCCAGCUCCUCCUUCUCCACCUCCGCGACUCGUCCUUCGCAACUGGAAGAUCGCCCACGAUGGUCUUAUACACCGGAGAAGAUGAAGGCCCCCUUCUCGCCCCAUAUCACAAAAGACCCUUCUCGAUCUGUAUGGAAGGUUAACGACAACCCUCAAAAGCUGGACGAGGUGUUGAAUAACAUCCUGGGUCGCGAUGGAGAGCGUAUGUUGCCAGACGAGCUUAAGUGGUUGGCCGUGACACACAAGAGCUUUGAUCAGGGAAGGAGAGGGUUCAACGAUCGUCUAGCAUUCCUCGGCCGCCAAAUAUGUGUCUUUGAAUGCACACAGUCUAUCAUUACUUCUCCCCCCAGUGGUCAAGAACACGAGGAUCUCUUCGCCGAUAGACGGAAACCGUUCGAGGAUGAAACUCUCCGUGGCGUCGACAAUCUCACCGACAGACAGCCUAGCGACAUGCUAAGUCCCCAGAAACUGGCCCAGUUCGCAUUAGACACGGGGUUAACGACGGUCGUGAGAUGGAAACCACGAAUGCCGGAAAACAUCAAGGGAUCAGGAUUUGACCCUAUCAUGUCCGGUGCCGUCUACGCUCUUAUUGGCGCGAUUGCCUUGCAACAGGGUGGCAAGAUAGCAAGCCGAGUCGUGAGGGAGCGAAUAUUGAAGAGGCUCCGAACAUGACGAAGUUUAUAGUGUAAAAUCAAUGUACAAAUACCCUGUGCAGUGUACAAGAUAUGAAAUUUACGUGAACGCAUGAAACCGCCUUUGCCCAGAGCGAACCUCCGACGCCUAUAAUAUCACCAGCUCAAUAGAGAUUGAUUUAGGAACGUCUACAAAAGCUCAC